UUUAUAUACUGGCUAUUUGCAUUAUAAUUUGUUUUUGGUAAAAUAGUACUCAAUUACAUCAUACAUACGUAUAUGUUAUUCUAUAUCAACCAGAAAACCAUAAAGCGGAUGGUGUAUUUUAUUUUAUUUUUGACUAAGAGGAUGGUGUAUUUUCUUACCUACUUGUAGAAAACUUAUAGAUGGUUAGAUACUCUAUUGCAAAUCUAAGCUUUUCCUAUAACUUGUACAAAACUUUAUCAAACUCCACAAGGUCUAAACUUGCUUUUAUGUCUUUCAAUCACAUCAGUAAAUAGUAAACCAGAUGUCUCGUCAUUUCAACACCUAAAGCAACAAAAAACAAAAUAAACCUUUGCAUUUACCCCACCACAGCAAACUGAGGCCGCCAGCAAAAGAUACCAAAAUCUCAUGACCCUUAUGAGUCGGGUCUUUUGAGAGUUCACCUCACUGUCCACCGAACCUCUCUGAUCUUUAUGCACGUUAAGCUAUAUUAACACUGAAGACAAAAAACAAAUUUAUAAAAUAUAAAAACCAAAGGAGAGGAAAAAAGCUCAUCGAUAUCAAAUUUUAUUAAAUACUAUUAUUUUCUUCAACUCGGUUUUGUGGCUUGCUAGUCAAAGAACACUGUUGUCUUAGUUUGUGUGUUUUGUACUUUAUCAGAGAGAGAGAGAGAGAGAGAAAAAGACCUUUCUUCUUCUUCUCCUCAUCGCUCUUUAGUUGCCUCUCGUAUCUCAUCAACAACACCCAUCAUCUCUCUCUCUCUCUCUUAUUUUCUUCUUCACUCUGUUCCUUGAUAUCUCUGUUCUACACAACCACAGUUCAAGAAGCAAAGAAAGAGCACAACAAGCUUUAUUCCUUUUGCUUCCAUUGUCUAGAAAUGGGUUCUUGCCUCAGCUCUCGUGUCAAUAAUAAGAGCAGUGGUCUCUACGACCUCCACCUCUCGAGUGUUCAAUCGUCAUCAUCAGCGGCUCACAGGAGAGAAGGAGAGAUACUCAGCAAGGCGAACGUCAAAAGCUUCACCUUCAACGAACUUAAACUCGCGACCAGAAACUUCAGAUCGGACUCUGUUGUCGGAGAAGGCGGGUUUGGUUCUGUCUAUAGAGGUUGGAUCGAUGAGACGACUCUCACUCCGACCAAAUCUAACUCCGGUCUUGUAAUUGCUGUCAAGCGGCUUAACCCUGAUGGGUUCCAAGGUCACCGAGAAUGGCUGACAGAGAUUAACUACUUGGGGCAGUUAAGUCACCCGAACUUAGUUAAACUGAUUGGUUACUGCUUGGAAGAUGAGCAAAGACUACUUGUGUAUGAGUUUAUGCACAAGGGUAGUCUUGAGGAUCAUCUCUUCACAACAGCUGGUGUGAAGUGUAAGCCGCUAUCUUGGACUUUACGGGUUAAGGUUGCGCUUGAUGCAGCUAAAGGUCUAGCGUUUCUUCAUAGUGACCCUGUUAAAGUUAUAUACCGAGACAUCAAGGCCUCUAACAUCUUACUUGACUCGGACUUCAAUGGAAAACUUUCGGACUUUGGGUUAGCGAGGGACGGUCCAAUGGGAGAAACAAGCUAUGUUAGUACAAGGGUCAUGGGGACAUUUGGCUAUGCUGCUCCUGAGUAUGUGUCCACAGGUCACUUAAAUGCUAGAAGUGACGUGUACAGUUUCGGAGUUGUUCUUCUGGAAAUACUAUCUGGAAGGCGAGCGUUGGACCAUAACCGACCAGCCAGGGAGCACAACCUUGUGGACUGGGCUAGGCCGUACCUCGCAAGCAGGCGAAAGGUUCUACUAAUUGUGGACUCUCGUCUUGAGUCACAGUACAAACCUGAAGAGGCAGUGAGAUUGGCAAGCAUUGCUGUGCAGUGCAUCUCGUCCGAACCUAAGUCUAGACCGACCAUGGACCAAGUUGUUCGAGCCUUGAUACAGCUGCAGGAAAGCAUGGUUAAACCGGCCAAAGUUGAGCCCGGUAAAGAUACGAAGAAGGUUGUGGGAUUGAGAACUGAAGACAAGUACCAGAAAAAGGGUUUUAACAAGAAGACUGUUGGUUUGUAGUAGGUAGAUUAUAAGGAUGUGGUUAGGUCUCAUGUCUCCUCGUGUGUUUGUAAUAUUGCGUGUAGUGAUUUUGUGACACUCGUUGUAGUUUUGCUCCUGAUAUACUGAUGUGGAGAUUUUUUUUUUCUCUUGUUUUCUUUGUCUAUUUGAUUAGAUACAUAGUUUAAUUUUUAUUUUCUAUGUCAUCUCUCAUACACGUUUUGUUU